GGGAUUGGAGAGAAAAUGCAAUAGGUUAUAGACCUACAGUCAGUUUCCAUUUAACCCAUCUGAACAGUAGGCUACAGUUCACUUGACAUGCCAUAGGCCUAUUUGAAGUCCUGUCUUGUGACUGUCUAAUUUGCAUAAUGCCUCACAAUCAUCACACAUAACAUACACUCUUAGAAUUUGGAUGACAUUUUUUUAACACAUCCUUGUGUCUAACUUUGGACGGCAUGUGUUACUUUAAACACAAUCACUGUGAUUUGUGUCAAUUCCUGCAAAUAAUGUGUUAAAAGCUGAAAAACAUACAACACACCCUAGAUGUUAUAUUAUUGACCAAUCGAAUUGUGGAUCCGAAGUCACCAUGCAUCUACGCUGUGGCCUCACACCCUGGCCUUCACACAUCUUGAAAAGUGAAGUGACAACUGACAACCUGCAGUGAGCCUCAGCCUGCCAGCAGAAGGAAUAUGAAACAUGAAACAAGAUGAACCACCGUGUGACCUCAAUCAUCCUGUGACAUCGCACCGACACUGAGACGGUCAGGUGGGUGGAAGGACUCCGAGCAGGGGCUUUGAACUCAAACAGCACAGCUUUGCUCUGAGGAGGAAUCAAGUGCCUUGUAGAUUAUCUGGAUUUCAUUUAGCUUCCUGCUACUACAGUCAAAUAAUAAGAAACAUUCUUCUUUGUUAUCCUGGUUUGUGUUGCAGUACACAAAAACAGCCAGUUACAUCAAAGGGUUAUAAACACCGUUUCACUUGUUUAUGCAAGAGGAUAAUAAUUGAGCACGUUCUCUCCCUUCUCCUGAAACUAUAAGCACCUAGCCUUGUGAAACCAGCCUAUUCUCGUGAUUGCUCGUGAUUGCUACUAUAAAGGACCCAUAAUAACAAUCCAUAACAAAAUGGAGACUCGGUCUCUCUCACAGGACUCCAUCUUGGAGUGUCAGAUCUGUUUUAACUACUACAGCCCGCGAAGGAGGCCCAAGCUGCUGGACUGCAGACACACGUGCUGCUCUGUGUGCCUGACCCAGAUGCGGUCCAGCCAGAAAGAGAUCCGCUGCCCCUGGUGCCGUGGCGUCACCAAACUCCCCGCUGGCCUCUCCGUCUCCCAGCUCCCCGAUGACCCUGACAUCAUUACCGUCAUCGCCAUCCCGCACGCCUCCGAGCACACGCCCGUCUUCAUCCGCCUGCCUAGCAAUGGCUGCUACAUGCUGCCCCUGCCCGCCGCUAAGGAGAGGGCGCUGUUGCCUGGCGAACUGGGCUGCCGGUUCCUGCCAGGUGGCAGCGGGCAGCAGAAGGUGGAAGUGGCGGUGGUGGCCAUGCCUGAGCUGCAGCCCCUGGGGAUGAGUCUCGACGUCCUGGAGGAGGCAGAGAGGAGGGGAGCCGGGGGAGGAGGUGGUGGAGGGGGGAAGGGCUCCACUUGGUCCGGGGUGUGUACAGUGAUCCUGGUAGCCUGUGUCCUGCUCUUUCUCCUGGGUAUCGUGCUCCACAACAUGUCCUGCAUCUCCAAACGUUUUACUGUCAUCUCCUGUGGCUGAGGGGAGGGGCCAGACAUCAUGUCAAUCACCAUGUUCCCUCCCACUACCCCCUGCUGUAGCUCCGCCACCCUCCUCAGCCUGGAUUAUGAUGAGGAUAAAGGAUUUUAUACCUAUCAUAGAUGGUCAAGAAAACAACAAACAGACCGAGACAGGGAGUGAGGGGGUUGCUACAAAUAGACUGGGGACUGAAACUCAUUUUCUCCUAUUAUUGAUUUGGAGAUAUUCUGAAGACACAAAACACACACCCCUUUCCAUCAACUUGAUGUACCCCUCUACUUCCCAAACCCCAUUACACUGCCCCCCCCCCCAUCAGAAGGAGGGCCUCAGCCUCAUGGAAUUCUCGUGGAAAUAUGAGGUAUCCUUGUGGACCUAUGGACCCGAGGACCUAAUUUGGGGACCCCUGGGGACUGGUGGUGUCAGUACUGAGCAUAUACAGUGUCUCCAGCUGGAACUGCAAUAUACAGUGUUUGGACCUCUUGGUAGACCUGGGAUCAAAUACAGAAAUGUGGAUCUUUUCAAAUACUUUGAGUGUUUGGUUAAGUCUGCCUGGCAUGCCAGAUGGGUGGGGUAUGACGUUUUGGGACUUUUCUAUUGGUUUAUUAAGUAAGGCAAUUUUAAACAGAUAGGUAUUUCAAUUGAUUUUCCAAGUAUUUGAAACCCAGGUCUGCUUUCUUUAUUUCUGUCCUCAGUACUGAGGCGAAACAGACAGUGAAUCCAGUAAUUACUGUAUGUGGAAUCCACUAAACCACCUCUAGCCAAGGGUUGUUCCUAGAGGGACUGAUCAAUCAAUACUGGUGGUGGUUGUUUGCUGUGGUUCUGUCCCAAAUGGCACCCUAUUUAUUAUAUAGUGCACUAUGUAGGAAUAGGGUGACAUUUUGGGGAAGCGCUUGCUGUGUUUCAAAUUUUGUUAGAAUCUCUCUAAUGGUCUUAAAACAGAAUGCUUACUUACUGUUGCUCCAAUAUAUAAUGCAGUACUGUAUGUAUGUGGUGGUAUUUUGAUCAAUGAUGUUUUAAAAACAAAAACAGGGAAAUAUGUGAUCUCUGUGUUGUAUUAUAUACUUAUAAACCAGCCUAUAUUUGAUAGAAAGCACAUACUACAUGUCUUCAGUAGCCAGCCAGCCUAAAGUAAUAAUGAUUGAUGUAGUGUUGCAAUGAUUUGUCUAUCCCCAAUGCCCUUCACUGAGAACAGAUGGUCAUUGCUUUUAAUAUUGAGGUCUCUGGUCAGUAUUAACAUGAAGGAAGAUCAGUGCGAGAGAGAGAGCACGUGGCGUGGGCAUCCGUGAUAACCAGGGCUCAAGUCAUAGGCAAGUCAAGUCGCAUUCUCUCUCUCUCACACUGAUCUCCCUUCAUGCUAAUACUGUCUUUGAUCUUCAUGUGGGGCUGUGGGGUCAGAGUAAGGUGCUG